AUGAUCCUCGGCCCGGUGUCCUACCUCGACUGUCUGGUCUUUUGUCUCUUCCUCGCACCGCAGUUGUUGUACCGCGUGGGCCUGGUUGAGACAGUCAUUUGUGUUAUUCAGACCCUGCCCUUCCUAGCCUUCAAGCUACCCUACGCAUUACUCAGGGACCGAUUCUGGCGGCCCACGACAACCAAACCUCUGUGGUUGGAGCAGGCUGCUCCAUUCGAGGACUUUGUGAUCCGGUGUGUGCGCUACGCAUUUGCCAAUAUCGACCCCAAGAUCGGACGAGUCUUCUUUUCGAAAUGGGUUGCGCUGCCCUUUCUGAGGUUUCGCAUGCUCCGCCAUGGCUAUCUCAGGGCCCCCGUGCACUGGCACGAGUACACGGAUAAGAAGUUCCGGGGUUUGUGGGCCAUUGGCGAUCCGCUCAGAAAGCCUGACAUCGUCAUCUUCUACGCACACGGUGGCGGGUUCUUGAUGGGCUCGCCCUACUUCUAUCUCGAGUUCUUGCUGUCAUGGAUAGCAGUCAUGGUUGAUGCUGGGCAUGCAAACCCGGCAAUCUUUGCCCUCGACUACACGCUGGUCCCUGACAAGAUCUAUCCAGCCCAGGUCGAAGAGGCGAUGUACGCGUACGAGCAUGUGCUGUCUUUUGCCGGCGACCCGGCAAAGGUGGUCGUGAGCGGAGAUUCGGCAGGUGCAACUAUCAUCUUGAGCUUGAUGCUCCAUAUCGGGAGGCCAAUGCGAGGUCCCGAGGCGGACACCUCCAUGGUCCGCAAGCUGCCGUUACCGGGAGUGGCUGCUUUCAUCUCGCCCUGGAUUACCCUCAAGUCAAGCCGGCAUGAGCAGACCGAGAGCGACUACCUCAAUGCCGAGACCCUCACGGUCUACGCAUCACAAUACGCAGGGGUGAAGGGCCACCCGGAUGACCCUAGGAUGAGGCAACCAUUGAUCUCCCCGGGAAACUGCAAGGACCUGAAAUGGUGGAAGAGCGCGUGCCCUCCCGGGGGGGUUAUCAUUACGUAUGGAGAGGAAGAGGUCUUCGCGCCUGAGACACGGGCAUGGAUCGACAUGUUGAUAAAAGGCGGCAUCAAAGUAGAAGGACUAAGUGAGAAAGGCGGCAUCCACGCGUGGCCCGUAGCGUCUCUCUUCCUCUGCGACUCGAUUGGCCUUCGCUUGAGAGGCUUGAAGCAACUCGUCGAGCAUAUAGAUAGACAUAUGAAACCCCGCCUCAAAGGUGGGAAAUAG